AAAUAGAAACCUGUUUGUAUUUUUCACCACCUAGCGGCGAAUGCUGGAAUUGCAGCCCGUCUUCAAGCAACUUCGGCAAUAUCCGUUCAGAGUCCGGUUAUAAUCGGCAUUCUCAGUAACGGUCGUUGUAUGUUUAAAUGAGAUUUGGCAAUUCGGUCCCGGUCUGACGGAGGUAAAGGGAGUGUGUGUCAUCUGGUGUGUGGCCCCGGUUUCUGGAGGAUCGGUAUAAGAGAAUGACAGUAUUGCAAGAACCUGUCCAGGCUGCUAUAUGGCAAGCACUUAACCAUUAUGCUUAUCGGGAUGCAGUAUUCUUGGCAGAAAGACUCUAUGCAGAAGUGCAUUCAGAAGAAGCCUUGUUCUUACUAGCAACAUGUCUUUAUCGCUCAGGGAAAGCAUACCAAGCAUACAGACUUCUUAAGGCACACAGCUGUACUACUUCACAGUGUAAAUACUUACUCGCAAAGUGCUGCUUGGACCUUAGCAAGUUUGCUGAAGGUGAACAGAUUUUAGCAGGUGGAGUGUUGAAUAAACAAAAAAGCCAUGAAGAUGUUAUGACAGAGUUUGGGGACUCUGCCUGUUUUUCAUUACUACUACUAGGACAUCUUUAUUGCAACACUGAUCGUCUUGCCAAAGCAUCAGAGUGUUACCGAAAGAGCCUUAGUUUAAAUCCUUUCCAGUGGUCACCAUUUGAAGCAUUAUGUGAAAUAGGUAGGUCACCAGAGCCCCCCGAGACAUUCAAAAUGUUGACAAUUAUCAAUUUCAAUAAUUGCCUAGUUCAGUUGUGUACACUUACCAUAAAUACUAGCCAUGGUGUUGUGGAACACAGCCCUGAUACAAUUUGGAUGGAAUCUCCAGAACUAGAGCUGGAGUUGAAUAGGUUGAAUCUUGAAUCUUCCAAUCCCAGAUACUCAAACACAGAUUCCUCUGUAUCUUAUAUAGAUUCAGCUGUGAUAUCACCAGAUACCAUUUCUAUUGGUUCUGGAACUGCAGUGCUUUCUAAGCAGAUCCAGAACAAGCCUAAAAGUGGGAGAUGUUUACUAGGUGGCCAAGCUUCUCAUAGCCCGCUAACACCAAGCUUUGGCAUUUUACCACUUGAAACACCAAGCCCAGGAGAUGGGUCUUACUUACAAAAUUAUACAAACUCUUGUUCUGUAAUUGAUUUGUCAUCCAGUGGAGGACCUACUAAAAAGCCUGUAUCCAGAAUUAGUCAGCCUGGGCCAAAGUCUGUAUUUUCGCAAAGUGGCAAUAGUCGAGAAAUAACUCCAGUCCCACUUUCUCAGACGCAAAGCAUUGCUCCACAAACUAGCACAACACCUCAAGUUCUAAGCCCCACCAUAGCUGCUGCACCAAAUGCAAUGCCCAGGAGGAGUUCUCGCUUAUUUACCAGUGCUAGUUCUACAGCCAAGGAAAAUAGUAAAAAGCUGAAAAUGAAAUUUCCACCCAAGAUACCUAACAGGAAAACAAAAAGUAAAACAAGUAAAGGAGGAUUAAUCCAGUCGAAUAUGAAUGACAGUCUGGAAGUCACAAGAUUGGACUCGUCUAAUAUUUCUGAUGGAAAAGUCACAUCUACCACACCUCAAUUCCAGGGUUAUAAUACACAGAAAGCAGCUGCAGAAGGUUUGAUGAGCCUUCUCCGUGAUAUGGGAAAUGGUUAUUUGGCACUUUCAUCCUACAAAUGCAGAGAAGCAAUAAAUAUCCUAAGCCAGCUACCUUCCCAUCACUACAACACAGGCUGGGUUCUUUGUCAGAUUGGGAGAGCACACUUCGAACGUGCCGAAUAUAUGCAGGCAGAAAAAGUAUUUGCAGAAGUUCGUCGAUUAGAGAGCUACAGAGUGGAAGGGAUGGAAAUUUACUCUACCACAUUGUGGCAUCUACAGAAAGACGUUGCUUUGUCAGUACUAUCUAAAGAUCUAACAGACAUGGACAAAAAUUCACCAGAGGCUUGGUGUGCUGCAGGAAACUGUUUCAGUUUGCAGCGGGAACAUGACAUUGCAAUCAAGUUUUUCCAGCGAGCCAUCCAAGUAGAUCCAAAUCAUGCAUAUGCCUACACUCUUCUGGGACAUGAAUUUGUGUUAACAGAGGAACUUGACAAGGCCCUAGCUUGUUUUAGAAAUGCAAUUCGGGUUCAUCGUCGCCAUUACAAUGCUUGGUAUGGUUUGGGAAUGAUAUAUUACAAACAAGAGAAGUUUAACCUAGCAGAAAUGCAUUUCCAGAAAGCACUUGACAUCAAUCCCCAAAGUUCUGUUCUCCUGUGUCACGUUGGUGUGGUACAACAUGCACUUAAAAAACCAGAAAAGGCUUUGGAAACAUUAAAUAAAGCCAUUGCAAUUGACCCCAAAAACCCACUAUGCAAAUUUCAUAGAGCAUCUAUUCUAUUCGCUAAUGAGAAAUAUAAGGCUGCUUUACAGGAACUUGAAGAACUAAAACAGAUUGUUCCCAAGGAAUCUCUCGUUUACUUCUUAAUAGGAAAGGUUUACAAGAAGUUAGGACAAACUCAUCUGGCCCUAAUGAAUUUUUCAUGGGCAAUGGAUCUAGACCCUAAAGGAGCAAACAAUCAAAUCAAAGAGGCCAUUGAUAAGCGCUACCUUCCAGAUGAUGAAGACCUUAUAACACAGGAAGAGCAGAGCAGUGAAUGUUUUCAAUUUGAAUCAGCUGGAACCGAUGAGUCACAAGAGAGCAGUAUGACAGAUGCAGAUGACACCCAGCUACAUGCAGCAGAAAGUGAUGAAUUUUAACUCAUCCCCAGAUGACAUUCAAGACUAAAUGCUCACAAAUUUGAAGUGUACUAUUACUUCAUGUUCGUGCCAGGUUUCUCUUUCCUCGUUUUCAUCUGGCCAUACAGCAGUGGCGCAUUAUUCAUCAGUGUCAUGUACCGGUCUCUGAUAGGACAGAGUAUUAAGUUAAAUGAUGUUGCCAUUUGCUGGGAUUUGUGACUUCAACCUUUCUAACAUGAAUUAAUGAGGAGGAAAGAGAGAUCUGUUGGCCAACCUUGUUGCAUUUGUCAGGUAAGAGUAGAAACUGGUUUGGCAGCUGUUUUGGGGAUCGACUAGCAGGAAGAAAGACUUGAGAAUGAUUCUCCUGCUCUAUUACAGAUACCCCAACUAUUACCUCAGUCCACUCAUUGGAAAGCUCUGAUCCCAAAACCAGUUAUUUUUGAAGGAACACUGAAGUGCAAAAAAAAAAAAACAGUAUGUUGAGAAGAUAUUCACCUAUAAAAACACACAAAUCCCUAAUUGUGCCAAGGGAUUAAAAGCCGACUUGAAGCUGCACUGUCUUUUUUUUAUUUGUUGUGAACAUGGUAUCACUUAUCUGUUAAUUCAGUACAUUAAGCAUUAUUAAAAUGCUUUUUCAGCUAUAA